CUGAUGCCCUGCUAAAAUUACAGUGCUGUGUCCAAUCAGCCUUUCUUUCUGCUGAUUUUAGCUCAGUACCUCCAGUAGUUCUGUAAGAAGAUUAAGAUCUGCACUGAUACAGAGUCUGUACUGAUGAACUUCAUAAAUAACCUAACUGAUCAAAGUGCAUCGCAUUCUCGGUCAUCAAAAUAUUUAAUGCUUAAUCCCCAGUAUGUUCCUGUGUUGGGAUGUUCCGCUUCUGAUGUGGAGGUAUUAACUUGAGAGCACAUGGCCCAGAGGCUGAGGAUGGCCCCUGAUGCUGCUCAGAAGGCAGGUGAAGACAAAAUGAAGCACGUCAAAGGCAACUUUGAGAGCACAGAGAGGAGAGAGGAAAUCAUGGUUAUGCUGAAGAUUUCAUCUUUCCUUGCUGUUUAUGCCUUGGUUGUGUGCCAGAUGGACAGCUUCCAGGCAGCUCCAGUCAGACCUGGCUUGGAGUCCAUAACAGAUCGAGUGACGCUCAGUGAUUACGAAGCUCGGAGAUUAUUAAAUGCGCUGGUGAAAGAAUUCAUACAGAUGACAGCAGAGGAGCUGGAGCAAGCCUCUGAGGGGAACAGCCUGGAUAGACCUAUUUCCAAACGCUGUGCCAGUCUGAGUACUUGUGUGCUGGGCAAACUGUCUCAAGAGUUGCACAAAUUGCAAACUUACCCUCGUACUGACGUCGGGGCUGGAACUCCUGGCAAGAAAAGAAAUGUGCUGAAUGACCUGGAACAUGAACGCUAUGCAAACUAUGGGGAAACCCUAGGAAACAACUAGGCGUGCUUAUUUCUACCCUUCUUCCCUUCCAUCCCCAUCCUCCCCCCCUUUUUUUUUUAAACCUGAUGCAUGUGGAUCUAACUUUGAUUGCUAACUCUGCUGUGUUCUUUUGAUUCUGUUUUUGACAGAGAAUGUUUGAGGUGGACCUAAUGUUAGCAAGGCAGAACAUAACACACACAUCAAGCUAGGGGAAAAAUAAAUAAAAAUAGACAGCGCUGCCUCAAUUUCAAAUGAUUUUCUUAGGUAUUGAUUUUAAAAAAUGAAUCUAGAAAAGGCUCUUCAUUUCUGGCUACUAAAUGUACAAGUAGACUUUUUUUUCUGUGCCUGCCCACGCACUUGUUCAAUAAACCUAUUUUUCUAUAAGGAUUAGAUCUGUUUUGUUUACUUGUUUUAGAAUGUGAGACUUCUAGAUAAGGCUAGAGAGGUUUUGUACGUUGUUGUGUUCAAGAGAGGCAAUGCAAGAAAUUCUAGAGAAGUUUAAUAAGUUAAGAAAAUGCAAAGGUAUCUUAGAAGUUAUUCAUGCGCAUGGGAAUUAUACAAUAUAUGCACUGGUGUAACCAAGCAUGCAUGCAAACCUGUUAGUAAAUAGCCUGAGAUGCAAAGGAGUCAAGAAAGGCUCAUGCAGAGCUGUACAAACUAGGAACAUAAUCCUGACUGUGUGCUGAACACUUACAGGUAAGAAUUUAAUAUUUUCUCUGCCUUUUUUUUUUUCCUUCUCACUUGAUAAGUCUUCACACUAGUGUAAUUGAAACCUGAGUAUGCUUUAAGUAAAGAAGCUAAAUAAUGUUGUUCUUAUUGCUUAAUGUUUAGAUAGUUUUGCCUGUAUUUUCAAAGAAAUGCUUACUUUAGCUGUUUCUCACAGUAUGUUCCAUACCUUUAUUUCCAGUUCUUCUGUUGCAACAUCAUAUUUCUCCUAUAAGCAGAAGCCUGUUCUGAAUCAUGGCAUCAGUGUUAUAAACAAUAUUAUUUGUUACCAUUAAUGAACUGUCCUGCAAUGCUUUUCUGAGCAAAAUUGUUCUUCCUUCAGAUGCUUGUCCUUGCUUUAGUAGAAAAUUUUCAAGCAAGGUCUGAGUGGAAAUGUAUGCCAUGAAAUACUGUCUAGCAAAAAAAAAUUACUUGCCAUGGGCUUACCUGAAGAUAUUCUGAUGUCAGUGUAGUAUUUACAUAGCAAUGAGCUGUACUGAACUGGGGUCCAGUGGCAAGAAAGAUGUUUCCAUGUUCCCACUGGAUAUGCAGAAGUAGUAUGCUUGUGUGUGGUUCAGCUCUGCACGCACAUGAGUGGCUGCUGGGCCCCUCACAGUUUUGUGAGGAAAGGGGAUUGGUUAAAUAUCCCAGAUCUGCACCUCACCAGCAUCUCUGUGCUUGCCGUGGUACCUUGGAGACAAGAAACAGCUCAGAUGUCCCGAAAGUCUGGUUUGGUCCAAUUGGUCUUCACUUCAGACAAGCCCUUCUUGGGCAACUACCUUUCACAAACUGAGCCUGAUACUUAGAAGAAAAAGCUUGUUGGUGGAGCAAAUGAAAUGCCUGCUAUACAACAAGCCUGCCCUUGCUUUUGUGGAAAAAGCUUUCUGAGGUAUAACAUCCCUUACUGCCAUCUUGUUGCAAGCAGGGUAGAGACCUUGGAAACUGACUUGGAACUAACUUUGUUCUCCUUUCAAAAAGCAGUGUAACAGCACAGAAAAGGGCGUGCAACACAGCUACCUGUGUGACCCAUCGCCUGGCAGACUUCCUGAGCAGGUCGGGAGGAGUGGGCAAGAACAACUUUGUCCCAACCAACGUGGGCUCCAAGGCUUUCGGCAGGCGAAGAAGAAACGUUCAAAUAUAAAGAGCUGAAUGGUAACAUGCAUAUGGUUGAUGUGAAACUGCAGACUCAGCUUUAAUUUCUAAUGAAUGGAACUCUUCUCCACAAAUCAAGACAGCCAAAAAAGAUUAAUUUUGCAUCCUAAUAUUGAAAGCGUUUUGUUUAAGACAAAAACGAGAACACUUCUGUUAUGUAUAGAACAAGGGACUCUAGUUAUUCAAGUUAAAUUAUUGUAUAUUCUUUUUAUAUGCAACUCUAUUUCAAAUAAAAUGUGACAGCAUCUAUUAUUUAUCUUCUAGCAUAUAUGUGAUCCAUGCUAUUUAUCCUGGCACUGCUGCCAAAACUCGGGGAGUUGUACUGAGCUGCUGCCUAGCAAGGCGUGUGUGUAUAACAUGGUGUGCUGUGCCUUGGUGUUGAACACUUCACUAACCUGAUUGUACAGUAUGUUUAAAAAAAAAAAAAAAAAAACCAAACC